CGUGCGUGAUGACGUUUUUGUGGCCGGAGCGACGUGGCUCGUGGUGCAGGUGGCUCGGUUUUUACGGUAGAGCGCCCGGUACUCUGUGAUCCUGUUGUCUGUCGUGUCGCGCUCGCGGUGCCGUGAAGACGCUCGCCUGGACCAGGAUGGUCGCGGUAAAGGGACGCAAAAGCUCAAACAAAAACCCGCCAAUAUUAAGCCACGAGUUUGUCAUACAAAAUCAUGCGGACAUCGUCUCCUGUCUGGCGAUAAUCUUUGUGAUCGGUUUGAUGGUGCAGGUCACAUCACCAUGGGCAUACAUGUUUAUUGCUCUUCACCAUAAUGUGACUAAUACUACAGAAGAUCCAACAGCAUUAAUAAAGUACACUAUAGGAUGGAAGGACACAUGUGCAGUAUUCUUUUAUUUCUUAAUAACAAUUAUACUACAUGCUGUAUUUCAGGAAUAUAUAUUUGAUAAAAUUUCUAAACGACUUCACUUAAGUAAAGUAAAACUUGCAAAGUUCAAUGAAUCCAGUCAAUUGGCAGUGUUUUAUGUUUUGUCCGCAUUGUGGGCAAUUGACAUUAUUGUCAGAGAGAAUAUGCUAUUUAAUAUAUGGGUAUUGUGGGAAGAAUAUCCGGCGCCGAUGUCUUUCUCCUUGAAGCUGUUUUUUAUCAGUCAAUUUGCUUACUGGUUACACUGCUACCCUGAACUCUAUUUUCAACGAGUGAAAAAAGAAGAUAUUCCACGUCGCAUCUUCGGCACAACCGUCGGAUUGUUCUUCGUAUCUCUAGCUUAUUUCUUCAACUUCCAACAACUUGCCGUAAUCUUGUUGACUCUCCAUUACGUAGCAGAUGCUUUGCAACAUGGAGCCAGGCUAAUUCACUUUGUUGGUCAAAAAGAAAACAGAACAAAAUUGGCGUUUCUAGUUGCCAAUUCGGUAUACGCAUUCGCCCGCAUUGCCACCAUCGCACUGUCGGCUGUAGUAUUCUUAUAUGGUCUGAGGAAGCAAGAGUUUAACUUCGACUAUAACACUGGCAAUUAUAAUAUUCCUGCUGUGCAGUUCUUGGGAGUAUCUAUAAUCUUAUUCUUCCAAGGCUACCUACUGUAUCUCUUCAUUAAGAAGCAAGUUAAGCUCGCGCGCGAAAACGCCGCGGUUGUCGUCGUAAAGACAAAACCAAAGCAAAAAACAAAAAAACGAGAAGGUAAAAAAUCCGCCUUGCCCGAAGAUGACGAUCUUCCGGAGGUAGAUCAAGCAACGAAAAAGAAUCUGAGAAACCGUUCUUCAGCCAAAGCGAAAUAAAUGGUCAACGAAUUCGAGAAAUUCUAAAAAAAUUGGUCAAAUAUUUGAUCUUCAUCUGUCUGGAUACGUCAUGAAUACGUCGAAAAAUUCAGAAUAUAUGAAAAUAUGUGAUUGCUGUUUAUAAUAUAAACAUGAAGCUUCCAUUGUGCUGCCGAUUUAAAUCAUA